AUGCAGUUCUCCACCACCUUCACCCUCGCCAUGAGCGCCAUGCUCUCCCUCGCCGCCGCGGGCACCAUCCCCGCCGGUGACGCCAACACCGUUUUCCCCUCCCAGCUCUGUGGUUCCGGCUACGCCUCGUGCGGCAAGGCUGGCACCAACGGCGACGGAGGAUCCCGCUGCGCGCUGUCGUGCACUUAUGCCGGCGGCCCUACCUCCACGGGCACCUGCCAGUGCCCCACGGGAUACUAUGUCGACACUUGCAUCAGCGGUGGUGCUUACAGCCGUCGCCACAAGUGCAACUAA